GUGAACGCUAGUAAACAUUUUCCCAAACUUAAGAGACUUGAUUGCUUCAAGCAAUUCGAUGGCUUCUUCUUCUCGUCCUCAAGUAAUUUACGAUGUUUUUCUUAGUUUCAGAGGGGAGGACACUCGCAACGGGUUUACCAGCCACCUCAAUGCAGCUUUGUGUAGAAUGAAGAUUAAAACUUUCAUUGAUGAUGGACUUAGAAGAGGAGACUGGAUUUCGUCAUCUCUUGUGGAAGCAAUUGAAGGAUCAAAGAUUUCAAUCAUCAUUUUCUCUAAAAACUAUGCUUCUUCUAAAUGGUGUCUUCAAGAACUUGUAAAGAUCCUCGAAUGUAAGGAAAAAUAUGGUCAGAUCGUGAUACCCAUUUUCUAUCAUGCAGAUCCUUCAGAUGUAAGGAAGCAAACUGGAAGUUUUGGAGAUGCACUUGCUAAGCUUGAGGUACGAUUUCAGACGGAGGAAGAGAUGUUGCAGGGACGGAGAUGGAGGAAUGCUUUGACGGAAGCUGCCAAUAUAUCUGGGUUUGAUUCAAAUAUUGUUAGGCUUGAAUCAACACUUAUAGAGAAAAUUAUUAAAGAUGUUUUGAAGAGAUUGAAUAAUAUGUGUUCUGGUUGCAAGAACUUGGUUGGAGUAGCAAUGAAGGUUCGGACAAUUAAAUCUUUAUUAUCUAAUGGGUCGAGUAAUGUAUGCAAAGUAGGAAUUUGGGGCAUGGGAGGCAUUGGUAAAACAACUAUUGCCAAUGCAGUCUUCAAUGAAAUUUCAAGUCAGUUUGAAGGUUUUUAUUUUAUUCAAAACAUUAGGGAAGAAUCGGAGAAACAUGGACCAAUUCAGUUGCAAGAAAAACUUCUUUCUACAUUAUUAGAGGAUGAACACCCCAAUAUAAGGCAUGCUUCCACAAUAGAAAGACUUGGGAGGAAAAAAGUUCUCAUUGUUUUUGAUGAUGUAACACAUAUAAAUCAAAUAAAUGAAUUGAUUGGAGACUUGGAAAACUUGGGUGCAGGAAGUCAAAUCAUUAUAACAACAAGAGAUAAACAGGUACUUGUUAGUUGUAAUGUGGAUCAUGAUAGAAUAUGUGAGAUUAAAGGAUUAUAUGAUGAUGAAUCUUUUCAACUGUUUAGCCAACAUGCCUUCAAACAAAACCAUCCCAUCGAUGAAGAUUAUAUGGAGCUGUCAAAUCAAGUAAUACGUUAUGCUAAAGGUGUACCAUUAGCUCUUAAAGUCUUGGGUUCUUUUCUACUUAAUAGAGAAAAAUAUGAAUGGGAAAGUACAUUGGAAAAAUUAAAAAAUUGUCCAAAUCAAGAUAUCCAAACGGUACUUAAAAUAAGUUAUGAUGGAUUAGAUGUUGAAGAAAAGAAUUUAUUUCUAGAUAUCGCAUGCUUCUUCAAUGGAUGGGAUGAAUGUCUAGUUCGUAUAUUCUCUUCAAGUAUUGGAUUGAGAGUACUUAUUGAUAGAGCUCUCAUAACUAUUACAUAUAGAGAGGUAAGAGUACAUGAUUUGCUUCAAGAAAUGGGCAUGGAAAUUGUUCGACAAGAAUCCUUGAAUAAACUGGGUGAACGUAGUCGAUUGUGGCUUGAUAAUGAUGUCUACAAUGUAUUGAACAAGAAUAAGGUAUGUACCAAAAAAAUUAGCUUUCAGCUUCUAUUUUAUACCAAUUUUCUUGUGGGAACUGAUAAAAUACAAGGCGUACGAUUUAAUAUGUCUGAAAUAAGAGUGACAGAUUUAAAUCCUCAUGCUUUCUCAAAGAUGGAUUAUCUAAGAUUAUUGAUAGUGGAUACGUCAAAAUACGAAGGAAAAUAUAAUAAUGUGCAUGGUUUUGAAGGUCUGCAAUCUGAUUUCACAGAAUUAAGAUGCCUCUUCUGGGAUUUUUAUCCAUUCCAAUCACUGCCUUCGAAAUUUUAUCCUCAGAACCUUGUUGUACUUAAAAUGCGUCACAGCGAGCUUAAACAAUGGACUGGUAUCAAGGAUCUUGCUAAUUUGAAAUUGAUUGACCUAAGUCACUCAGAGCAUCUAUUUGAACUUCCAGACCUCUCAGAGGCUCAAAACCUGGAGUGUUUAAUUCUAGAAGAUUGUACAAGUUUGUCUGAGAUCAUUCCUCCAACUCGGAAUCUCAAUAAACUUGUCAAUUUGAAUCUAAGAAACUGCAAAAGCCUUACCAGUCUUCCAACUGGACUUCAAUCCAAGUCUUUAAAAGAUGUUAUUCUCUCAGGCUGCUCUAAUCUCGAGACUUGUCCAAUGAUCGCAUGUAAUAUGGAACAGUUGUGUUUGGAUGGAACUGCGAUAAAAGAAUUAUCUUCUUCCAUUGAAAGUUCUUCCAGACUAGUUGAAUUGAAUCUUAAGGAUUGUUUGUGGCUUGAAAGUCUUCCAAGCAGUGUUUGUAAUUUGGAAUCUCUUCAACAACUUGAUCUUUCUGGUUUGGUUUACCUAAAGAUGGUUCCAGAGUUCCCACGGAGGAUAGAAGAGUUAUAUUUAGAUAGAACUGCGAUAGAACAGUUGUCUUCAUCAAUUGAGAAUGCAUCCAAUCUAGUAAGAUUGAGUCUUAAAGAUUGUUCAAGCCUUAGAAGUCUUCCAAACGGUUUGUCUAAAUUGAAAUCGCUUAAAUAUAUUUGUAUCUCUGGUUGUUCAAAGCUUCAUAUAUUGCCUGAAGAUAUUGGACAUUUGCAAAGUUUGGAAGUGCUGGAAGCUACUGGAAAUUCUAAGGACUGUUUAGGGCUUGAAAGUCUUCCAAGCAGCAUCCAUAAUUUGAAUCUUCGAUUUCUCAAUCUUUCUGGUUUGGUUUACCUAAAGAUGGUUCCAGAGUUCCCACGGAGGAUAGAAGAGUUAUAUUUAGAUGGAACUGCGAUAGAACAGUUGUCUUCAUCAAUUGAGAAUGCAUCCAAUCUAGUAAGAUUGAGUCUUAAAGAUUGUUCAAGCCUUAGAAGUCUUCCAAACGGUAUGUCUAAAUUGAAAUCUCUUAAAUAUAUUUGUAUCUCUGGUUGUUCAAAGCUUCAUAUAUUGCCUGAAGAUAUUGGACAUUUGCAAAGUUUGGAAGUGCUGGAAGCUAAUGGAACUUCUAUAGGGGAAAUACCUUCAUCUAUGACGGGCCCGCUAUCACCAGGUCAAUCAGGUUUGCAAUUUUUAAGGAGAUUGAACUUGAAUCACUGCAGUCUUACACAGUUGCCCAAUAAUCUUGACCGGAUAUCCUUGCUCAGAGAGUUAGAAUUAGAAGGAAACAAUUUUGAGAACCUACCAACAAGCAUCGUGAACCUUUCUAAGUUAAAGCUCCUUAACAUACGUGUUUGCAAUAGGCUUAAGUCUUUACCGAAGCUUCCGAGUAAUAUAGAAGAACUUAGGGCAGAUAAUUGCAAAAGGCUGAAAGCAAUUUCAGGUUUGAAAAAUCUUAAUCAAAGACAUUGCGGAAGGAAACUCAGCUUCCCUAAUUGCGUCAGUCUGAAUUGGAAUGUAGUCAGAGACAUAUUUCAUGAUGCUGCAUUGGAUUUGUACUCAGAUGAAUUUGAAGUAUUCAAAUAUGAAAAGGUUGCUGGCAAGCCACAAGGUGUUAUGUGUUUCCCAGGAAGCGAAAUUCCCGAAUGGUUUAACAUUCAAAGUAGUGGAUCUGUCAUAGAGUUACCACAAGGUUCAUUCAACCAUAAGAAAUUUCUGGGUUUUGUCUUCUGUGUCAUUGUCAAAGGCCAAGGUUCAAGUAAUUUCUUGAAUGUCGAGUAUGAGUUUCUCGUGAAAUGCCUAAACGAAUACAUGACAUUUGAUAAAAAACUGCUUUCCGUUGGACCGACAUAUAUUAAAUCGGAUCACGAUAAAGAAGUGCGGGGUCCGUUUGGUGUUCACUCAAGAAUUUAA